CUUAGGUAAUCGUAAAUAUUUAAAAAUGGCCGACUCCGAAGUGUCAGCAGCUGCGAAAAUUAAUAUGAAACAUGGAUUCAUGAAAAGCAUUAUAAAAAACCAAAUUGAUAGAGACAAUUAUGACCGAGAGAUGAAGCAAAAGGGUCAAAAGCAAGUUGACAAAGUGUCGCCUAGCAACUUAAACAAGUCCGUCAAGUCGGAAAAAACGCGUAAACCAGCGAUGCCAGUAUACUCUCCUCCAUGCCGAGCAAACAAAGAUGAAAAAGCGAUACUGUUCAAGUUGGAGUAUGAGGAUGAGAAUGGAGAUGUACACGAGACUGUUGUUCAUGAGGAUGAUGAUGCUCGCAUUGUCGCUCGAAAGUUUGGUGUCGGCUGCAAAAUUCCAGAGAAUCUAUUGCACGCGCUCUACGUGCGAGUGGCGGAUGAAAUUGAUAAACGGCGACAAACUAAAUAGGUUUCGCGUGCAGUAAUUUCGACCCCUUGAGGUGAAAACUUCCGCUAAAGGAUAGAGAAGCUGGGCGCCACGUAAGACGUGGCUUCGCGUUAACGAGGGCUUCCUGCACAACCUCAAGAUGUAGCGUGUGCGUGGUCACACCGGCUACCCAGCAUCCAUGGUCGACCAUCCCGGCAAACGCCGCUGAAGACCUCACAAGGAUGCGACGACGAGGAACGCAGGAUGGCGGGGGGACUGGAGCUUACAAAGAAGAGAUCGAUGAAAACUCUGGAGUUCCUUACAGUGACUACUACUGCGCCAUCAGAAUGCGAAGCGUCGUAUGAUACACAUAUGCAUGUGGCCGAAUAGCUUGGGUCUAUAGACGGAGAAGCUGUCAAUCAUGUGACAUCAUGAUACGUCAGAGAUGUGGGCAGUGUGAAACAGUUGCGUGACGACGAUGAUCGUAGUUGAGUACGAAAAUAAAAUGGAAUACAUUGAAA